GCGAAAUCUGCCAUGCAUCACCUGCGGAACUCACGCUAGUCUCUCUACCAUGGCCGUCAAUCCAAACGAAGAUACGGAAUUCAACGAUGCCCUCCGCAAGUACGGUAUCAUUCCUCCCAAAGAAACUACUCCCCCUACUCCUUCACCUCCGAGUUCUCCAAAGCUUCACGAUGUACUUGAUGAUCUCACUCCGGAAGAGCUAAAAGAACUGGGCGAAGAGAUCACUGACGAUGACCUUGACCGCGAUAUUGAUUCAUAUCGGAGGCAGCGAUUAGCUCAAGAACGACUGCAGCAGAAACGCGCCCGCUUUGGGAGAGUCUAUCCUAUUGGACGCGAUGAUUAUACCAGGGAGGUCACAGAGGCUAGUAAGAUCAACGAAGAGGGUGACGAAGAAGAAAAAGGCACGGGCGUGAUCUGCUUCUUAUACAAGGACGGAAUUCUUCGGAGCGACAGAACUUCUGAACAUAUACACACUCUAGCAAGUCGAUAUCCACACUCAAAGUUCGUGUCGAUUGUGGGCAACAAAUGCAUUGAAGACCUCCCAGAUUCUCGAAUUCCCUUAUUGAUCAUAUACCGCAAGGGGGAAAUACGGAAUCAACUUAUUGCAUGGGGCGCUGAUCGCGAAAGACAGCUUGAAGAACUCGAGGCACAUCUGAUUUUAUGUGGUGCCCUAGAUCUUCCCCGCGGGCCACUCGGCGAGCGACGAGCGCACGAUGGCGACGACUCUAUAGAAGAAGACGAUGAUGAUACAUCUUUUCACAUGCGGUCUGCUGCCACAAGCACGAAUGCUCGGGCACCAAAAAAUAUACGGGCACAAACCAAGAAAGACGACUCAGACUCGGAAUUUGAAUUUGACAUGUAGUCUGGGAAUAAUCUCUGGCUGAUCUGCCUAGCUCCCUAGCCUAGGGCCCGUUGAUAAUUGAGAUUAGCAAGGACAGGGUUAACAGUCAGUUAAAGGGGUUUAUUUGUCUCUAUUUUGAAUAUGCGUGUCACGGCAACGUUGACCGCAGGGUAACACUGAUCAAAUGACAGCCUGCAGCGACUUCUUCUCGUCAUAUGGUGUUCUUAAUUUCCACCUGAGAGUAUGACCCUGCACUGCUAUAUCGGUUUGCAGACCCGAGUUCUCCCC